CAUCUCCAUCCCUACUAAAAUCAUCAUCUGUCAUCUGCCAGUGUGCUCAAUAUUUGACAGGUGACAUUGGACAUUCGUUUUCUUUUCGAAGUUUUGUCGAAAAAGAAUCAGAGAAUCGAAUUUGUGACUCUACUUUUCCAAGAUGUCUGGAUCAGCUCACAAGCAUCGCUACAAAAACCAAGCCCUAGAUAGUGUGGAGCUCCGUAGAAGGAGAGAAGAAGAGGGCAUCCAACUUAGAAAACAAAAGAGGGACCAGCAGCUUAGCAAAAGGAGAAAUGUCAAUAUCAAUCAAGUUGUGCCUGAUGAUGACCCCCUUGAAAGUGAUAUGUCAUCCCCCAACUUACCUGUUAUUACCCAAGAUAUGGUACAAGAUUUGUACAGUGCAGAUCCUGCCAAACAGUUGGCAGCCACCCAGAAGUUUAGAAAGCUUUUGAGUCGAGAGCCUAAUCCUCCUAUAGAUGAGGUUAUUCAAACUGGCAUUGUGCCUCUAUUCGUUGAGUUCUUACAAGAUACAACAAACUGCACAUUGCAGUUUGAAGCAGCAUGGGCCUUGACAAAUAUUGCAUCAGGAACUUCUCAACAGACUCGGAUGGUCAUUGAUGCAGGAGCUGUACCAAUUUUUAUUGCUCUACUUGGAAGCCAGUUUGAAGAUGUUCAGGAACAAGCCGUGUGGGCUCUUGGGAAUAUAGCAGGAGAUUCCCCAGGAUGCAGAGACCAUGUCUUAGACUCUGGCAUACUAAUGCCUCUAUUACAAUUAUUGGAAGAAAGUACAAGCACAAGAUUAACAAUGAAAAGAAACGCCGUUUGGGCUUUAUCAAAUCUAUGCAGAGGCAAAAAUCCACCUCCUGAUUUUGCAAAGGUAUCUCCUUGCCUCCAUAUUUUGGCCCGCCUUCUCUUCCAUACAGACCCAGAUGUUUUAUCAGAUGCCUGCUGGGCCCUCAGUUAUUUAUCUGACGGUCCCAAUGAUAAAAUUCAGGCUGUUAUCGAUGCAGGGGUCUGCAGAAGGCUUGUGGAACAUUUAAAUUCCACUCAUCCGAACGUAGUUUCCGCAGCGCUCAGAGCUGUCGGCAAUAUUGUGACAGGAGAUGAUGUACAGACACAGAUAAUAUUAAAUUGCCAGGCGUUGCCUUGCCUAUUACAUUUGCUCUCUUCUUCCAAGGAAAGUGUCAGGAAAGAGGCUUGUUGGACCAUUAGUAACAUCACUGCGGGCAAUAGGUCACAGAUUCAGGCUGUUAUAGAUGCCAACAUAUUUCCCGUUUUGAUUGAAGUGUUAUCAAAAGGAGAUUUUAAAACGAAAAAAGAGGCCGCUUGGGCUAUUACAAACGCUACUAGCGGUGGUACACCAGAUCAGAUAAGGUAUUUGGUUAAUCAGGGAUGUGUAGGUCCUCUCUGUGAUUUGCUGACAGUAAUGGAUACUAAGAUCGUUCAAGUGGCAUUAAAUGGGCUAGAAAAUAUCUUACGGUUAGGAGAACAGGAAGUGAAGCCCCAUUCUGGCACUAAUCCUUAUGCAGUUUUAAUAGAGCAAUGUUAUGGUCUUGACAAGAUAGAAUUUCUACAAUCUCACGAAAAUAUGGAAAUCUACCAAAAAGCUUUUGACAUAAUCGAACAUUUCUUUGGAACGGAGGAAGAAGACGUAAAUAUAGCGCCUACCGUAAAUCCCAGCCACGAAGAGUACGAGUUUAGUUCUGAUCAGUCAGUGCCCAUGGGCGGGUUUCAAUUCUAAAAACCGAACACAAAAUAGAGUGCAUCCAAUUUACCUCUGGGAUUUUCAGCAGCUAGGUUUUAUCCCAUAUAAUAUCCCAAUUAAAUAACGCGUAUACGUUAAUUCAAUGUUGAUGUGCUGUUUAAUACCUUAGGACGGUUAUUAUCCCAUAGAAUAGAGAAGAACCAAAACAGUCCUUGCACAUUUAACGGUUUUGGAACGAGUUGAUGUUUAUUUUCAAUAUUUUUGUUUGCGGAAUAUCGGGUUUUUAUUUAUUUAUUUAGUGCCAGUAAAAGUGUAUAAGAAUAACGCAUAAAAGUUACAGGGUACUUUCGCAGAUACGUUUUUUACAAAAUUUGUUUUUGUUUGUGGUUAGUCAUAUCCUUAUUUUAUAGAAAUUUUUGAACAUUGGUUUAGAUUUAUGUGCAAGUAACUGAUAUUAUAUCUAGUUUAAAAAGAGAUUAACCCUCGGACAGGCGCGCAGACUGUCUGAGAAGCACAGUCUGCGCGCAGUACAGUACUUUUAUUUAAAUCAUAAAUUAUUUCAACCAUUUUAAAUAUUGAUAAAUAGACAUUAAAGUAUAACUUAUUGGCUAUUAAGAAUACCUUUCUUUCCCGUACUUUUUUACCAUAAUUGCAUUUUGUCAUACAACAAAAUAUUUAAUAUUUGCUUUAAAAUGUUUAUUACAUUGGGACGGAUGAAAGCCGGGAUUUAUGGCAACUUAAAUGAUCAGUAAUUGAUCAUAAUAAAAAUGUACGUAAUUUUUGAUAAUUCGAUCUUGAAAGGUGCAGAAAUGGAUUGGAAUUCUUGCCAAACUUUACUUUUAUAACAGUGAUUUAUUUUCGGCCGUAUGUACAAAAAUGUGUUCUUCAUUUCUGGAUGUACUUGCAUGCUUUUAAUAAUUUUGUUUUCCACAAUAAAAUUCUUGCACACAAAAAUGUAAAAGUCCACUUUUAACGUUCAUAUUUCGCUAUCCUAAAUGACACUUGGAAUUGAACUAUUUUUUUGAUUCUUCAAAAUAAGUGUUCAAAAAUUCUGUAAUAUGAGUCAAGUAUACAAGUAUUCUCAAGAAACCUAUAAAAAAUCGAUUCGCUGCAUUUUGAGAGAUACAAAAAUUGUUUGAAAAAAUUCAAUGCUCAAAAGUUAUCAGAAAAUUAUUUUUUUUUUUUAAUUUGCAAAUUCAGUAACCUAAGGUUAAUGUUAGGCAUUAUAUUAAUUCAUAUCGUGUGUUUUAUAUUACCCCUUAAUAAUUCGCUAACGCAGUUUCAUCAAAAAUAUCCCAAAUAAAGUUUAUAGAUAAUUUCUAGAUCUGCUUUAUAAAAAUAUUUUUACAUAUACAAGGGACAUAACGUAGGUAUAGACUAUAGACAAGUUACCUUUUUUGAUACAAAAUAAUUUUUUUCUUGCAUUUUCGACUUCUACAUAAAAUCUAUACCUAAAUCCACUCGUUAAAAAAAAGUAUAAUCUUAACAUUUGUUAAUAUUUAAAACAUAAAAACACUUUUAACCAGUUACCUUUUAUUAAUUUUUAAUAACUACUAUUAUACAUCUCCAUAUUAUACAGGGUGUUAAAAAAUUCGGUGCACAUAUUUUCAGAUCGUAUUGCUAGAGUCAAAAUAAAACUUUGCUUACCAUAAACAUACGUCCUAAAAUGCUCCUCCUCAGAGCUACAGCAAAUUGCUUGAGGAAAAUCGAUUAUUUGGAGCCGUGACUACAGUUAUCCGUAAAAUCUCAUGAAAAUUUGCGAGUGCCCGUUUUUUGGGUGCUCCUUCCAUUUUGCAUCCCAAACAAGAUGUAAAUCGAAUGUUAAGGGAGGAUUCAGGGGGUCUUACUGUUCUGAUGGCCCCUAUUUUCUGUUACCGAAAAGAAAGUUAAUAAUCUAGCAACACCAUCCACCAGUUAUCCACGGAAAAACCUCAAUUUUUGGUUCCUUGCAUUUUUUCGAUACAGUCAUUUUUGAGAAGAUUGAGGGUAAACGAAAGAGGAGCAUUAUUAAACCCGAUUAAACUAUCAAAUUAGAAAAAACGAAGUGGGCCGUACCUGCUUUAAUUUUUCUCAAAUCAAAUUAAUUGUAUUAAAGAAAGGCAAGAAACGAUAAUUUUAGAUUUUUUCAUUGCUAACUAGAUGGUGUUCUAGAUUUUCAAAAUUAAGCCAUCACAAGGGUAACCUCCUAUGAAUCUGUGUUUACAUUUUGGGGCGGAAAAUGUCAAGAGAACUCAAAUAAAAAUCGACUUGCAAAUUUUCAAAAGAUUUUACAUAUAAAUGUACUCAGUGUUCCAAGUAAAUGAUUUUCUUCAAGCAAUUUUCGCAGUCUGUAGCUCUGACGGGAACCAUUUUAGGACACAUGUUUAUAGGAGACAAAAGUCUAAUUUUGACUCCAACAGUACGCUCUUAAAAUAUUUGCACCGAAACACCCUGUAUACAUUUUCGUCGUGAUGACCCCUGUACAUGUAAAAAUAUUUUUAUAAAAUAGAUUUUAAAGAUUUCUAUAAAUUUUAUCUGGAGACUUUUUGAUAAAAUUGUGUUCGCGAAUUAUUAGGUUAGUUCCGGGAUUUUUGCACACAGCCUAUGGGUGUGAUGACUGUAUUCGAAAUCCCAAAGAAUAAAAUUACCGCUUGAUAUGAUAAUUAAUUCGAAAUAGAUUCAUCAUUUUCAAAUAUAAUUUUAGCAGCUCUUGUGUUGAAGACAUACAAAUUCUUACGUACAUGGUCGGGCUCAUGCAUAUCGGCGCGGCGUCUCAAUGUAAAAAAGGCUACAGUAAUGUAGAAGAAAGACUUAAAGACUACUUUAAUAACUAGAUUAAAAAUUGUUGUAUGUUGCGUUUAAAACGCGCUGCGCGUUCGUUCGAGGAUCAAUAUGUCAGUGUUGCCUAACACAUCCUAUUUAUUAUAUCUAUCUGAGUUUUAACAUACUGAGGAAAUAUUAUUUUUACAAUAACGCUUCAAGAGUUCACAAAUGAAUUGACAAAAAUAUGGUACACACGGUGCAACUAGAGAGUUGACUUUAUUUUAUUGACAUGUAAAACAAUUUUGUAGAUUUGAUUCUUAGGAAAUGCAAAUGCUUUCCUAAUUCAGUUUUUAUUCAGUACAAAAGAUCUUCAUUACUAAAUAUUUGACAGUGAAUAUUUAAUUUCUUUAAUCAUCCCAAAUGUUUGGUAUUACAUGCUGAUAUGGAUAAAACUUAAGUCGUUACCUAAGUUAUAUUUGUGCAAUUUGCUUAAUAAAUCCACAUACGCAUAAGAAAUAUUCUUUUCAGUGUGUUGUAAAUACAUACAUGUGUAAAAUUUAGUCAAAACUUUGUAAAAUAGUUUGUAAUAUAAAAUUAUUAGCUUA